AUGGCGCCCCUAAUUCCUUCAGCGAAAGCGACGCUCUCUUAUCCGCUUUACGCUUGCGAUUUCGACCCUCUCGACUCCACGCGACUACUGGUAGGAGGUGGAGGAGGGGCAGGAAGAAGUGGUGUGGGGAACAAGAUCACGCUACUAGACACCUCAAAAGCCAGCGAAAUCGAAGAGGCUGCCGAAAUCGACCUGAGCAGAGACGAGGACAAUGUUACCAGUCUUGCUGUUGGCCAGCAGCAGGGCAAAACGACUCUGGUGUUUGCUGGAGUAAAUUCCAGUCCACAAGAUGUGGCAGCGGGGAAGAAUCUACAUUUCCGCGUCUUCGGGAUAGAGGAUACCGCGCCGAAAGCGAAAGGAAAGGGCAAAGCGAAGAAGGCUGGGACAGAGUCGGAGAAGCCUGCUGCGAACAAUAUCACGGAGAUUUCAAGGUCAUCGCUAUUUCAAGGGAAGGAUAAGAACGCAUACCAAAGAUUAUUGCGACUAUCGAAACCAUUCCCGAAUCAACCCCAGGUGGGAGCUGUUGCGACUGGGCUAGAAAAAGAAUGGGAAAUAGUUCUAUUCAGUACUUCGACAAAGUCACCACCAACUAAAAUAGGGAGCAUCUUACCCCGUAAGGAAGCUGUAGAUGUGGAUUUCAUACAUUCUGGGCAGGGCGAACUACUGUUUGCCUAUUGCGAUGCUCAUGACGUAUACGUCAAGAGAAUCAGCAAAAGCGAUAAUGCGGAGCCGAGCAUUGUCUAUAUUACACCAGGCUCAAGAAGCACGGAAAAGGUGACUGUACCUGCUUUCCGGGCAAUGAGAUGGUUGACAAAAGAUCUCCUUCUCAUGCUCACGAAUAUUCACGGCAACGCUGGGGUGGUUCUUCAAAUCCUUCGAAUACCUCCAGACGGCACAGGCCAAUCUAGAAUAGCACAGUCUGUCAAGCUGCCAUCGCAUCUGUCGAAAGCUACCGGCCUAGCGGUUGCAAACCUGACGCCUCCUGUUGAACCUUCUGCGCCGCAAGAUUACACACAGUUUGUUAUUGCGGUCGCAGGGCAAGACUUCUCCGUCUCGCUCUUCAAGGUUGACCUCCAAGUUGAAGGUGGCCUCUCUUUGCCCUCGGCGAUCAAGCCUUUCCGAACUUUGAGCGCUGUUCAUCCCUUUACGAUCACCAGCCUUAACUUUUCCAAUUUUACCCCACCAACACAUCCCAUUACAGCAAGCACACCACCUCAAUACCUGAAAUUAGCAAGUGUGAGUGUCAACAAUACGGUCGUUGUUCAUACACUCCCGCUGUUCCCCGUACCUCUAUCCAUGAAACUUGGCCAAUCGAGGACUCCACGCUAUGUUGUUGCUCUUCCCUCCACCGCGGCAGCUUGGGGAAUGGCCAUCGUAGUAUCAACACUUGCUAUCCUCCUCGGUGCCGUCUUCAUCCAAGGACUCCUCGAGGUUAGAGGCGGGGUACCUAUCUGGAUGAAUGCCAGGAACCACGUCCCUCUCAGUCUACAAGAACUAGUCGGAAGACCGUACGAGUUUCCGUCAGGCUAUAACAGCAAACCUACAUCAGUAUCAUCAGGGUACAAUCACCAUCUCGGUGUCCCCACCGAUUCAUCUGAGAGCGGAUCUGCUUUGCGACUCCCCGAAUUCUUCGAGCAGAUGAAAAGCGGUGCCCCAGAAGACGUCUACGUUGUCACGCAUUACGAUAGUCCUGAUGGCCAAGACAACGGCGUAAAGGCACAUGUACACGACGAGGAAAUGCAUGGACCUCACGGCGGGAAGACAUGGGAUGACCUGCAGCAUGAACAGAGAGAAGGCUGGAAGCAGAAACUCAAAGACGCGGGAUAUUGGGCGGAGGAUAUGGGAGAGACUAUCUUGAAAGGCGUUGUGUUUGGGGAGUUGGCUGGGGUGGUUGGGCAGGCUGUUGGUGGAUGA